GACAUCGCCGACAUCGCUCAUACAGAUGCAGAAAGCUACAAGUCACAUGAUCCUGGAAUCUUAGAACUCAUCGAUUUUCUGCGGUCCAAUCGAAAAGUUGAUUCCCAGUGUUCUGACACGUCAACACGUUUCGAGGUGUUCCGGUUGGCAUUUGGGCACAUGGAAUUCAGAGAGUUUCAAGAAGCAGAUCAGAAUGCAGAUCCACGGAUUGUAGAGACGCUGUCAUGGCAUGCCAUUAAUGGCAAGCGACUCAAGAGCUCUCUUGUUUUUUUGGAAUGCGAUGAUGCAAGAUGGUCUGUCAAAUUGCUGUCUGUCUCCAUGGAGGCUACACGGAUACUCAUCUGGUUUUGGUUGAGCUGCAUUGGGGCUAGCUUACAAAGAGGACAACGUCCAAUGUUGUAUCGUGUGCUAGAUCCGCGUACCAGCGUUGUGGUGCAAGCGUUGCAGCACUACAGCUCCUUGAUCAUGAGCCGCACAGGGGGAGGACGCUUGAACCUCCUAUGGAGUUCUUCAGCUUUCAAUUCUUUUGCAGAGUUUUGUGAUCGUCAGCAGAACAGAUGCCGGACAAUCCGUAGGGUUCUCAUGCUCGGAGCGGGCUGGGUGUUUCGACGCCACUUUCAGUAUCUGAACAGUGAUCCUUUCUCUUUGACCCUAUGUGGAGACCACAACGCACAUGCUGAUACAUUGGACAACUUUUUGGCUUUCUGGACGAUGAAGCAUCCUUGCUGCUAUCCACCAGGAUUGUGCAGAGAUCUGAAAACGAUGGGUUUGACGCCAGAUGACCUAUGCUUUGGAAAUUGUUCUCGAGUUUUGCAUUGGACAGCUGCAACUGUGCAAUUGUCGAUUGCAGACAUCGAGUCCAUGCACUCGCAAAACCGCGUCUUACAAGGUAGCAGUUUUUCUUCAAUCUCUGCGAAGUACAUCAACUCUGAAGCAUUGCGAAUUCGGGAUGACGCAAGGAAACUGCAGUUUGGCGAGCCCGAAAACCGACAAGAUUUGAAAACCAUUGGCACUUCUGGAGGCAUCAAGGUUCGCUUCAAGACUAGAUCACCAACUGCAAAGGGUUUGUCUGCUUUGGAGCUUUUUCGAAAGCAUUACCUGAAGUUGCAGUCACGUGGUGGCAAGGUGAAUCCUUGUAGCAAGGAGUCUUGGAGUGAUGUGAGGGAAGCUUUUUCCAGCCUGAGCCCGCAUGAGAUGUCUUUGUAUGAGCAGCUGGCGCGUGACUCUAAAGUAGAAGCUCUAGCAAAACGGAAAGUGAAAAAACAGAUUCAGAAAACAAAGGCAUCACAAUUUUUGCAGAAACGGUCGGGUGAUGGCAACGAGGGUAGCGCCAAUGCUCUUGUUCCACAUGAACAGAAUCACGAUGGUGUGCAUUUACAGAUCUUGCCGGUGCACGAAUUGUGCGACCUUUUUCAGAAUGCGGGCGAAGAUGUUUUGAGCAGGGUUGUGAAGUGUCACUCCAAGAAGAAUGACCAGUGCUUUGGAAAGUCUGAUUAUCCCAUUGGGGAAUCCACCUUGGAAAAAGUUUGGAGGUCUCAGGUCCAAGCUGGGAUCGAUGGAAAAUCUGCGUGCAAAACUUUUCAACGCCAAGCUGAAAGCGUGGCUCGUCCAGAAACACAGGACGAAACGUUUCCGGAUAGAGUUGUGCACGAAGGUUUUUGUGGUGAGCAAUGUCGUCACCACAGCAGUUCGGAUCGUAUUGCCAUGCACUGCAACACGCUGGCUUUGUUUAACUACAUUGUUGACCAGAAGGGUGGUGUGAAGCAUGCGGUGGAAGCUGAUAUCCUCUGCAAAUUCGAGGUUCGUGAUUCUGGCGGGGACGUUUUUCGGCAAUAUACCUUUCUGACUUCUCCAAGUGCGCAAUCAGGGACACACAAACCAGAGCAAGUGUUCGUUUCUUUGGUUCCAGUUGAUUGGGAUAUGGACUGCGAGGGGUCCUGUUUGGGCGCAGCGCAUGCUGGCAUGAUUUUGGAAUUUCAGACAUUGGCCUUCGUAGAUCCACCAGCAUCUUGUCAUUUUCCGAUCCAACCAGAGAUGUCGGGUCGUUUGAGGAUGUGGACUUCUGAUCAAUUUGCAGCAUAUUUGUUGGAUCUACCUAUCCAGGCAAAUUCAAACCGGGAUCCUGUUGAAGUGAAAGCAUACUUGAUGGAAUUUUUGGAUAUUUUACCAUCAAGGGUCAUGCUUACUGGCAAAAUCGACAACAUUACCAAUUUGCUGGCAAACCCCAAUAUUUCUCCUCUGUCCAACCCGGAUCGUGAAGAAUCUGAUCAAGAUUCUGAUGAUGCAGGAGGACCCGCGCAGGAUGAAGAUGGGAUGGGCCAAGGGAAUGCAGAGUGUGAUUUAUUGCUUUUGCUAGAGCAGUCAGACAACAACGAUUCAAAACCCAAAAGAAAGAAAACCAAGCCAUCCGACAAGUCUACGAAAGAAUCAACUGAGUCCAGCAGCAAGGGUUAUGGUGAUGUCAUUUUGGAUGACCCAUGCUUACGAACUUUCUUGUCACCAGAUGAUAUCAUGGCUUUGCAAGUUGCUCGUGAGCACUGCGUGACCAUGAACGUGGACGUGAAUGACUGGAGCAGUGAUCUCCGUGGUGAUUUUGGAGAGUCGGAUGGUGAUGAGGAUGAAAUCGAACUUGUUGCUGCGGCAUCAUCAAGUCCUACCUUGGCAGAGGAUGACCUUCAGCAGUUGCAGCCCGUGUCUCUGGCCAAAGAUCCCAAGGGUUCUCAAGAGAAUGUCCGUAUUCUUUGUGCAGAGCCGGAUGGCAGUUCUGUUGUUGUGAAGCUUUUGGGCAAAGAAUGCAUUUUUGGGGUCACCUUCGGGUUUGUCGUCUUCACCCGGGUCUGGCAAGACAAGGAAGAUGUCACUGUCCCCCAAGACUCCAAAUGGAAAGUCUCCUAUGAAGUCCAGCCUUCCAAGUCAAUGAAAGCCAUGAAGAAGAUCACCCAGCGCAUGCUCAAGAAUGCCCGCCAGAAGGCUCGAUUCGAGAAGGUGAUGAGCAAGAUUGACGAGGAAUGGUGGUGGCGCGGUGAGCUGGAGAAUCGUGGCUGGACUUGCUCAAGCCCACGCAAGCCAAUGAAGUGGAUUCAGUGGAAGAAGACCAAGCCGGUGAUUGACCCCCAGGCCUACACGGAUGAUUCCUUGUUCUGUGCAGUCAUGAAGGGUGGCCGCCCUGGGUCGGCGACUGACCAGAAGCAGUGCAAGUUUUGCAAGAAGUAUUUCGACAAGGACACGAAUCCCACGGUGAAGAAUCCCACAGCUGAUGACUUGGUUCGACGUAGGGCAUCAUGCAGCAGGGAUUGCAAAUCUUGCCACUACUUCGUCAAGACCGAGGAGGAUUACGCAGAGAUGACUGGAACUGGUUUGGAGAAGCACUUGAGCAUCCCAUCCAACCAGGCAGAGUUUGAUCGAAGGUAUGAUGAAUGGUGCUCGGGACGUCGUGAUGGAAAGCGUCGUGCACGCGCACGAGGCUGCAUCGAGGUGUCCUCGACCAGUGCCAAGACAGCGAAGCAAGUGACCGUUCUCGCUGAGGGGGGCGAGGAGGAUGGCAAUGAAGCCGCGGACGCCUUUGAGGCGGCUACCAAGAAGCUCAGGGUUUCCACAACGGAGAAGGAUGAUGAGAUCAGUUUGAUUCUUGCCAAAUUCAAGACUUUCAGGAAAAUGCCUGCGAAAUCGGGACCUGAGGAUGAUGAGCUCAUGGGUCUUUUGUGGGGCACUACGGGAUCAACAUGUCUUCAGGGCUCUGAUGAGGAGAAAGAUGCUACUGCUACAGCAAAGAAGAAACGGGCAGUAGGUGCCAAUCGCACUGCUCGCCCACCAAAAGAUUCCAGCGGUGGAUUGCAGGCAGAUACUGCUUCAAGCGUAGAUGGUGCUGCUGGUGCAUCUAGCAUCUUUGCUUUCAUGAGCGGCGCAAAGAAGGCGAAAAGUGGUGCCGAAACCAAGGAGAUGGACAAGAGUGAGUCGAUCUGUCUGCAAGCCCAGCAGCUGAAGCUGCAACUUGAAGAUUCCCGAUCCUUCACACACGUGUCUCUGACGAAGACAUCCUCUCUACUUGAGAAGAUCGAGAGCCGCCUCGCAGAGUCAGGCAAGACUUUUGUGGAGCUGAUUCGUCUUCAAGGCACCGGCUGCCGUGCUGAGAGUGUCCUUCAAAACUUGAAAGACAGCAAAGCCAUGCUGGAAGGAGUUCAAGAUCUGUUGGAGGCGCUGCAGGACAGUGAGGCCUCUCCUGCUACACUCCAAGCCCGGGCCACGGUGCUGCGCAAUCUCAACGUCGCACUGCCUAUGCAGGUGAACAACAUCUUGUGCCAAAGGUCAAUCAUGGCCCUGGCUGAAGAGGACAAGCUUGCCGAGGUUAUGAAGUUCCUGGACAUUGACUUCAAGGACACUUAUCCGGACGGCAUUGCGAGCGUGCUACCCACCAAUCUAGCACCAGAGGCACUCAAGGUCAUUGCGACUGAGUUCCAGAGUGGCUGCAUCACCUACGUGAUCAACCAGUACUUUCUACGAGACUACGCUGGAGAUGGUGGGUCUGAAUGUGAUGAGCGCAAGACCUUCAUGCACGAAUGUUUGACAAAGAUUCUGCAGUUCAUCAAUGCAUUCUCUUCUUCGGCCAUCUACGGCUCGGCCGCUCCCUUGAAGAGCGCACUGCGAGAGGAUUUGCAGAGACUAGUGGCGGUUGUCAAGCUGGCACUUUCGCCUGGCAACGUGGGAGCUGCAGAGAUUGAUGCAGUUGACAGUGCCAGAUCACUCCUUGUCAAGAGCAAAGGCAGCUUCCAGUCAUCCCUGACUCUGUACCCAGUGGGAGCCUACUUGUGUGAAAGCAUCCAAACAAUUUCGGCGCAGUUCAAGAAGGAUCAGCUUUUGGAGGCUGAAAUGCAAGCAGCAGGAGACUUUGCACAAUCUAUGAAGACCCCUUGCCGGGAGUUGCUCACAAAGGAGCGUGAUGGAGAGGUGGACGUGGUUGUGCCAGCCAUGAGCAAGUUCAGUGACAUGGUCGCCAAGUUUGCAAACUUCAAAGAGCAUGCGUCUGACCGCUGCAGAACUGCUUGUGACAGCCAGUUGACUUUGGUGGAGAGCCGUAUCAGCCAACUUCGUGAUGCUUUGAUCGACACAGCUUCCUUCAAGGCAGAAAAAAAGUUCGCACGGCUUCCUGAGAUCCUUGAGAAGCUUGCUGCUGGAAAACUCGCAAGUGACCAGACUUCCGAUUGCUUGCAGAUCCUUGGUGAGAUCGCCUCCUACCAAUUCCUUCCGAAGCUGCCUCUCUUGAAGCUUUUGGGCAAAGAAAUGUCUGGGGAGAUUGAAAGCAUGUUUGCCUCACUGACUUCUACCGCCCGGCACUUCCAAUCAUCGUGGUCAACGUUGUGCUCUAUGGCAUCAGGCUCUGUCAAUGAAGGCUUCUUCAUGGACGAGCGCUUUGUUGCGCUCUUCAAGCACUUGAAGGACGACGCAGCCAACAAGCAUACCAUGACCCUUUUGCCUUCUUCGGCUUCGCGCAUUUUGAAGGUGACAGAAAUGCUGGAGACAUCAGUCGCAGGCUUUGUGAAGCAAAUGACAUCUACCUUUCACGGGUUCGUCCUGAAACUUUUGGAGGCAGAGAUCAAGGUGGAUUCAGUUCUGGAUACGGCAACCGUUGGCUCCAUCGACUUUGACGACAAGGCAACCGGCAUCAGAUUUUACACUGGUGUGUUUCUUGCCCUGAAGGAUGGCAAGAUGAGCUUCGACUACUGCCAGUUCUACCAGACAUUUUGUUCAGCCUUGAGUGCCGUUGUUAGCAUCCAGCCUGCGAACAAUCCUCAAGACCAGGUGCAAGUCCACGCUUCUUUCCUGUGCUUAGCAGGAGCUCUGCUGAACUUGUCAAAGUACGUGGCUUCGUUUCAGGAGAAGUUCACAGAAGUCUCGCAGAUUGCUGUUUUCAGUGACCUGAUCGCAGCAGACUACAACUCCGUGCAGGCAAAGAAAAAGCCAGACAGCAUCUACAAGAUGACAAGUCUUUUGCAGAUGUGCUCUCAUUUCACGAAAUUCUCAUCGAUUUCUUCCACAUUCGUCACCAUCACCAAAGGGCUUGAUGAUGGGGAGAAGGAAAAGGACUACUACCAUCAGCUCAUGAACAAGAUGUCCGGAUACAUUGUGCAGAUUUUAACUUUGUGCAACGAUGAGCUGGGCAACGCGUGGAAAGCCUUGGAUGAAAAUUUCAAGACCAUGGUGAACAAUCACACCUACCCCGCUUUGUUUCAGUCCGAGAAAUUGGACAAGGUCAAGAUCGGCGCAUUGGUUGGGGAUUCUUCCACCAAGUUUCUUUUGUUCCUUGGCCCUAGGUGCGCAAAUUUGUGCAAUGAUAUCAAGACCAUUUUGGAAGCCACCCGGGUAUUACUCAAAGAAGUAACAGUGCCCCAGAAUGUCUUGAAUGUGUUUUCAGCGUUGGAAGGUGAUUUGUCCAAGUUUGGCUCCUCUAGCCAGCAGGGUGUUCCGGCACAAGGUGCCAAAGUUGCGUUAGGCCACUUUAGCUUUUUCCAAGCUUCCCUCACACUGGCGCAAGUCUUUACCAGAGACUUGGCGCCGGGGGAGACAAGACUGGGGCUCGCGAAGCGUGCCGUGGAUAUCUUGAAUACCAAGAAAAUGCAGUUU